CUCACUACUUUCACUAGGAUUCUGCGGUUCUGUCUGUCGUGGCGUUCAUGUGGCGUUGACACACCACACGUGCUCGGCCACUUAAAAAAUUGUUUCGGUGAAAUUUUCGAGUAUCACUGUUGUUUUUUUAGUUUGGUAUUUGGUAGUUACUAUCACAAUUCACAGUCUCCAUUAGCUGCUACGGAACAAACAGGGGUUAUCUAAUGUACGGAUAUCCUAAUGAACACCAUCUAUUGCUGAACUACGAAAUAAUAUAAUUAUAUACUGGCCAAGCCUUAUCCAACCUUGAUGUUGGCACGAAGCAAAAACACACAAAUAUUGAUUAUUCCCAAGUGGACAUUUACCCAGUCGCAUCUAAUAAGACCAUGGAAGAGUAUUACUCGUGUAGUUGCUGCUUGGUGCGCCCUCCGGACAAAGGCCUCAAGACACUAUACAAUCAUCUCGGCAAAACAGAGAUAUAUUUCGAUAUGCUGAGAGAAUGCUUCGGUUUAGAUCUAAGUUUAGGAAAUGACGAGUGCGGGAUCUGCGAGGUGUGCGUGGGGCGGCUGCGGGACGCGAACAACUUCAAGCUGCAAGUGCAGCGCGUCCAGGACGUACUGCUCAAGCGGCUCACGGGAGCACUCCCUGCCAAGCCCACCAUCGAGUCCCGCGUCGGCGUGCUGGAGGAAGGCAGAACGGAACUGGACCAACUGGCGAAAUUAGUUGAUGACGUUAUUAUGGACUCUACAAGGAACGAGCAAUGGGUCAGACGCUCGAACAUCCAAAUCAAUGUUGUACCGGAAGUGAUCGCUGCAGAUGACAACUUCAAAAUCAAGUUAGAGAAACCUACUGGAUAUGACGCCAUUUCGCGCGGUAUCAAGCAGGAGAGGCCGGAGGUGGAGAUGGCUGACAGCAACAUCGUAUCAGUUUCAUUACACGAAGGAUCGCCAGCGCCUUUUGCUCAACCAGUUCCUACCGCGUCUCACAGCGUCUCGGUCGCGCCAGCUCCGAACGUUACCAAACGCUGCUCCGAUACAGGAGAGAAACCCUACGCGUGCAACAUAUGUGACAAAAAGUUCGGACAGAAGGGCCACUUAAAUGCUCAUUACGCAAACCAUAUAGGAAAAUUCAAAUUCUCUUGCGAAUUAUGCAAAAGGGGAUUCGUACACAAACAUCAAUAUAUUACUCAUAUGCGGAUACACACUGGAGAGAAACCAUACGCGUGCAACAUCUGUGACAAAAGAUUCCGGCAGAAGAGCCACUUUAAUGAGCAUUACGCAAACCAUAUAGGAAAAUUCCAAUUCUCUUGCGAAUUAUGCAAAAGGGGAUUUGUAAAGAAAUUCGAUUAUGAUUCUCAUAUGCGGAUACACACGGGUGAAAAACCAUACGAAUGUGAUAUAUGCAACAAGAAAUAUAGACAUAAAGGCCAAUUAACCCAACAUAAAAAUACUCAUGUGAAAUAUGAUCAGAAUCGCGUAGAGCCAGGAGAAAUAACUGCAUGCAAAAAAGAGUCGUCAGAAGAAUCAGAAGAUCAAGGACCCGCUAAACAUUUUGCGUGUGAUAUAUGCAAAAAGCAAUUUGCGGAUAAACAUUAUUUAGACGCUCAUUCCAAACAUCACUCUGGAGAUUAUCCCUUCACUUGCGACGUUUGUAAAAGGAAAUUUAAUACGCAGUUUGCCUUGAAUACUCAUAAAGUGGAUCACUCUGGAGGGAGACCUUUUAAGUGUGAAAAAUGCAAUAAAGGGUACACAACGAAAGGUGCUUUAACUCUGCAUUUGAAAGUUCACAAUGAGGAUUAUAAGCACGCAUGUCAUCUGUGUAAUAAACGAUUCAUAAUAAAGGAGACUUUGAAUGUACAUAUGCGCGUGCACACGGGGGAAAAGCCUUAUACCUGUGUAACUUGUGAAACUAAGUUCCGCUAUAGAUGUAGCUUAAAGAAACAUUUAUUGGACAAACACAACCAAGUUAUGGACAAACAGUUCAGUUGUGAUACUUGUGGGAAACGAUUUGCAUUACAGGGGACUUUAAUAAAACAUAUGAACAAACACACUGAGAAGGAAACGGCAGAUAAAAAGAAAGACCUAGCAUUUAUGUGUGAAAUAUGUAGCAAACGGUUUUCGACUAAAGGUAUUCUAAAAACCCAUAGAGAAACACAUAAUGAAGAAAAACCUUUUGAGUGCCAAGUAUGUCAUAAAAAAUACCGAACGAAGACGAAUUUACUAGACCACAUGCAGGUGCACGAGGAAAAAAAACACUCGUGUGAAGUAUGCGGAAAGCCAUUCAGACAUAAGUCUGCCUUGAAUGUUCAUAUCCGACGGAUGCACGAGGAAAAUAGACCACAUGUUUGCGAUAUUUGUAAUAAGGCUUUUGUAGUUCUUGCUGAACUAAAAAUUCAUAAUCGUGUACACACUGGGCAGAAACCGUAUGCUUGCGAAAUAUGUUGUAAGAAAUUUCAGCGCCCUGGUAAAGUUAAGAAACAUCUUAUAAAUGUCCACCACGAGGAACCUACGAGAUUCAUUAAAUUAAUAGAAUUGAAUAAAUAUGACUAAACUAAAAUGUUGCGUAAAAGACAUUGGUUGCAAAAUGGCAUUAAGAAAAUACACUCAUUUUUAGAGUUCCGUAGUCAACUUAUUACAUUAUAGUUUCGCCAUGUCCGUCCGCGACUUUGCUCAGUGGUCGUUACAACUAUAAAACUGCAAUUUGGCGUGGGUAUGCUUAGCUUAGUCACACUUGAAGAAAAUUAAAAAAAAAAAAGUUUUGUUUUUGGAGACAGGGGUGACUACCCUGCCCUGGUCCCAAGACUAAGAAGGAGCGAAAACUGCCAUCUGACCUUCCAACCCAGAGGGUAAACUAGGCCUUAUUGCAAUUAGUCCGGUUUUCUGACGAUGUUUUCCUUCACCGAAAAGCGACUGGCAAUAUCAAAUGGUUUGAACCCGCGA